CCCGUCACUUCCAUAAACGACCAUCAGUUAUGAGGUUAGGCUACUCUGCUGCAUCCCACACCGCUGUCAAAAUGCGUGUUUUGUGGGGUGGAUUUAUCAUUCAUUUCAUUGCAAUUUAGAACAAUGGUCCGGCAUCCUUUUGCUAGGUAGAAGCAAGCUAGUAGGUUAUGAGUCAGAGAGCUAUCCGUUUGAACAAAAUGAUUAAACAUGGCAUUCGACAGAAUUUGCUAUGCCUUAGCACCAUCACAAACCAGUUGAGUGCUGAACAUAUUUGAAUGACAGUGGGCUUAGGCGGCCAUGGACCUGUUCAGCCAGCUCAUCCUGGUCAUCUCGGUCACCAGUUUCCUCUCCUUCCAGUGGCUCUUCCACUGGGUCAGUCCCUGGGUCUCCACCCGUGUCAGCCCUGGCUUCUUACGCCUUGCAGACAAGCAGAAGGUGGAGUGGAACUCAAGGACAGUGUCCACGCUUCAUGCCCUGGUGGUGGGACUCUUCUGCCUCUACAUCCUGCUCUUUGAUGACGCCAUCAAUGAAGACCCCGUCUGGGGAGAUCCCACACUUGUGAAGAUAAAUGUUGGCGUGACAACAGGCUACCUCAUAUCUGAUCUGCUGCUAAUAUUUUACUAUUGGAAGGCGAUAGGCGACAAGUUUUUUGUCGUGCACCACCUGGCAGCGUUAUAUGCUUACUACUAUGUACUGGGACAAGGAAUGUUGCCUUAUUUUGCUAACUUCCGUCUGCUUGCAGAGUUCUCCACGCCGUGUGUCAACCAGCGCUGGUUCUUUGAAGUGUUAGGUUACUCCAAGUCCUCCAGGCCCAACAUCGCUAAUGGGAUGGCCAUGGCCGUUGUCUUCUUCCUGGUUCGCAUUGCCGUCAUGCCCCUCUACUACAGCCGCAUGUGGUCCGUGUAUGGCACCGAAGCUUUCUACCGCGUCCCACCGGGAGGCCGCGCUGCCUGGAUCAUCUCCAGCAUUUGUCUGGAUGUCAUGAACGUCAUGUGGAUGCACAAGAUCGCCCGCGGCUGCUACAAGGUCAUGCGCUCGGCCCGACGACACAAAGUGGGGACACAGGAGAACGGAAAGACUGACUAAAAAGCAAGAGAUUGGUUGAUGUUAUGGGUAGGGAGAGCCCAUUGAACCACUGUCCCCUUUUAGUGCACAAUUGGAUUAGUAACUUUACCUGACUGGGACUACUGUUUCAGUGUCAACUAACUUACAAAAAGCUAAGUCUUGCACUGACUGAACUUUAUGGUAGUGGACGCAGGACAUUGAUGUGGACAAAGGGGCAAUAUCUUGGGCAGUGAUAUGUAUAACUGCCUCUUAGCAAUACUUCCUGUGCAUGGCAAAUUUACUUUUCUGUUGCAUUUUCUCACAAAGCAGCAUGUCUGGGAUGAUGUCCGUUUUUCCCAAACGCUUCACCAAGUCAAACGUUUACUGCUUGUUCUAGACCAUAGACUCAAAUGUGUGAAUGGUCCUGUGCUCCUCAAAACAACUUGAAGCACCUCCCUUUCAUUUGGCUUUUUAUAUACAUUUGAAGUCGGAAGUUUACAUACACCUUAGCCAAAUACAUUUAAACUCAGCUUUUCACAAUU